AUGGGGAAAAGAAGUGGAGAAAAGAAAGUGCUAGAGGGGGAGAAGGUGGAAGUAAAAUGUACUGCUAGCAGAUACAAUUAUAGCGAGGACAGCAUAUCCUGGUAUAAACAGACAGUUCACGGAAAUCAGGAAAUUGCUAGCGUUGAAGAUCGUUCAUUAGAGAUGUACACUGACAUUACCAGAUUCGAUAUUGUCAAAGGUUUGAAGUUUAAAGCAAUUCAAACCGAUAAUUCUGGAACUUAUGUUUGCCGCGCUCGUCCGCCCGGCCCUAGACGCAGGCAUAACUUAGAUGCGGUCCUGCGGGAAGACCAAAUUGAGAUAAGAGUACAGGCUUACGAACCACCCCGGCUGUACAGUACAAAUAUGUACAGUAAUGAGACUCUAAUAUUUGGGAAGGGUGAAGGUGUACGUUUGUUUUGUAAAGUUGGCGGCACACAUAUGCCUAAGGUCUCUUGGUAUAAGGAUGGGAAGCCUGUAACUCUGAAUGAUAAUCUUAAACUGGUUGAGAAAACACAAGCUCUAAUAGUGGGUGUAGUGGUAGAGGAUAUAGAUGAGGGAGAAUACAGAUGUGAGGCGGAAAAUGAUAAAGGAAAGUUGACAAGAACACAACGAGUUGUAAAGGUUGAACCGCCCUCUAUCCAUCAGACCAACCUCCUCGGGGAGAUGGAGGCGGGCAAGUCGAGGGCGGAGGGGAACCAGGCAAAGCUGGUGGAUGCAGGCGGAAGUAUGUUACUGCAGUGUCGUGUCCUGGGCCGGCCCCGCCCUACAAUUAUCUGGCGGCGGAACGGGGCAGAGCUGGAUCCUGCCAGGGCGAAUAUCACAGAUGGAAAUCAGACUCUACUGCUGAGGAAUCUGAGGGUGGAGGAUGCUGGAAAAUAUGAGUGUUUUGUAAAAAAUCAGGGCGGAACAACUGCCGUCUUUCAGAAUGUAGAAGUUCAAGAGUCCAGUAUAAUGGCAACAAUAUACGCCACCGGCAUCGCCAUUCCUGUAUUCAUCGCGUGGACGAUGGAAGGCUCCACCCACUCCACCUACACCACGCCUUACCCAGUUCGAUAUGCCUGA